AUGAAUCAUUUUGAAAAGGCUCAAUUCCUGGAAGGGAGAUUUUGCCCUGUGAUCAGGAAAAGAGCGUUUUCCACAAGUGAGACUUCACAAUUUGACUCUACUAGGGGGAGAAGACUUCGCAGUAUAAGAACUUCGGAAUUGAAGGAACAAAAUACGCUUAGAAAUGAUAGUGAUAUUGAAGAUACGGCAGAAGAAAUUCGAAAUGAGUAUACCUCUGGUUUCAAAGAUACGACCCCGCCUCAGUUUGAGUUUCAGAGGGAUUAUAAAGAUUCAGAAAAUAAGAAUACCGGGAGAAAGUUAACUUCGAUGAAGACGAACAACUUGAAUUUUGAAUAUGAUCUUGGCAGAUCACAUUUACCGGGCAGAAAGACUUUGAUCAAAGGAUCAUACCCUUCGGUAAAGCCAACAAUUGGCGGAAAAGAGAAUGCAUCCGAUACAGGUUUGCUGUUGAAUAGGAAAUCAAAGCAGCAAUGUAGUCGUGGGUGUUCUGACGGGGAUUUGACUUUAAUUUCUAGUUUGCCUCAUAAUUUUUCUUCAAUGACUUUUAGUCAACGAAACUCAGUACUCGACCAGCUACUACCAGAUGAACUGAAGCGCAAUACAAACUAUAAGAAUCAUAUUGUGAAGUUGAUCAGACGACAUUCAAUGCAUCAAGAUAAACCAUCUGCUACAGCUAUUUCAUUUCUUGGAAAUUUUUCUUUCAGUGAUAGCUCAACUCGAGACAACAGUAUUAAUACUGCUGAUAAAAACAAAAUCGGGUCGCUUGUUAAUGGAAAAUGGGUUCUAGGAGAUAUUUUCAAUCGAGGCACCUUUGGAGUCAUACGGAAAUGUUUUGACAUUGAUGAUACAUCAGAUGAAAAAGCUGUUAAAAUCAUUGCUACUCAUAACUCUUUUUACUUCGUGAAAAGAUUUGAGACGGAAGCUUUAAUAUGGUCAUUAAUGCAGCAUGAGAAUAUCCUCAAGCUUCAAGAUGUCUGCUUGACGAAUGAAUACAUUUUUUUGGUUAUGCCAAAUGUCUCUGGAGGAUGCCUUUAUGAUAUUGUAAAGAUGUGGGAGGCUUAUAGAAUACCUCUUGGCAAAAGGUUUGAACAAAUUUUAGGUUUCCUUAAAGAUCUUUGCUCAGCGUUGGAAUAUAUACAUUCUAGGGGAAUAUAUCAUGGCGAUUUGAAGCUGGAGAACUGCCUUGUUGAUUCACAACAUGAAAAUUGCUUACUGCUUUGCGAUUUUGGAAUGGCGAAUUUUUUUGAAGAUUAUGUCAAAAAUAAUAUCCAUGUUUCGCCUAUGACGAGACAGAUUCUUAACGAUUGUUCAUUGUGCGGAAGACAAAGUGCGCACGAAUGCCCCAUGGACUGUGAAGGCUUCUCCUUUCCAGAUGAUGAGAUAGGAUCAUUACCUUAUGCUGCACCCGAGCUUCUCAACCCUGAGCCACACAGUCCCGAUAAUUGCUGUGACAUAUGGGCAUUUGGUGUUAUAAUGUACACGUUAAUAACCUUAAAGCUUCCAUUCUGCCAUAGAUUUGAACCUAGAGUACGUUUACAAAUAAUUCGAUGUCAGUACGAUGAUCAAUUUUAUGGACAGCAGCUUGACACACUUAGCAACACACAUAUUAAAAACACUAUGAUUGACCUCCUUCAAAGUUGUCUUACUUUGGAGCCGGCGAAACGUCCAAAUUCCGAUGCCAUUUCCAAGAUAAUUUUUGAGGUUGCAGAAUGUUACAAAAAAGUAUACAAUUAG